CUCAACCUUUUUCACUUCCUUCUUUAUCAAUCGACAUUUUGUGGUUUUCUGUUUCGUGAUGAUUUCUUGAGUUGUACAUCAAAAUCUUUAGUAAUAUUAUUCGUGUUUAUUUAUGAAAAGCUGUUGUCUUUCCACUACAGACAGAGAUGAAUCAAGUUCCAGCGAAAUCUUCAUCAGAAUCUUCAUCAGAUGAUGAAGAAUGUGUUACCUACCAACUUGUAUCAUUUCCUGGUUAUAAAGAUGAAGACGGAAAAAAGCCAUAGACAUGGUUUUAGCUGACUGGAUUUCCUAUGAAAAGAAAACCAAAAAGUAUUUCACAAAGUUUCCUCCUCCGCCAUACGAUGCAAAAACGAAAAAAAACCUAAAGAAAUUGUUGCAAACUUUUUCAUCUCCACUAAACAGUUGGCCUGAAUAUGAAACAAAAUUUCAGGGUCAUGCAAAAACUUUUACUGAAGCCUGUCUUCGUAUGAACGAAUUGGAAACAAAUGAAUUCGCUUACAGUGGCAAUGAACAUUCGAAAAAAAUAAAAGCAACAAAGAAAGUAAUUCGAGAAAAAAAAGUGGUGGUCAACCCAGAAAAAGCGAAACAAAUAUUACAAGUUACCGACAUUACUGAGCAAAUCAGGAAUUUCUCCGAUACUGUUAGUCCAGGAACGUCAAGAUCUGUCGAGAAUAAGAUCGACCCGAAAUUGUCUAACAGAUCGACACAGGUUAAGACAAUGCUUCCAGAAACGUCAAAAACUACAGCGAAUAAGAUCGAUCAGAAAUUGUCAAACAGACCCACACAGUUUGAGACAAUUAAUUACACUUCGUCCAAAUCUUUGAUGGAACCGACACAACAAACAGAUAGUGACGAUGCCUUGAACAGCGAUGAUGAAAAUGAGUCUUUAAGGGACGGCGAGAAAUCACUGACUGGAGAAGAUUUUCAAAAAAAUCCGGAAAAUUUCUAUAAUAGCGAAAACCCCUGUCUCAGCGAAGAUGAAAAAAGUGAAAAAAAAUCGACAAAGAAAAUCUGAAAGAGAAUCUCGAAAAAGGAAGUAAAAAAAGACAAGGUUCUCAAAGUCGUUUGAAGCCACCUUCUGCUAAAAAGUUGAAAAGAGACGAUAUUGACGAAAAAAAUAAACAACAAGUUCUGGAUGUUUUUUCGCCACAAAUUUCUGCAGCUGAAAUAGAAAACCCUCUAUUGCUGCAAUCACGAAUACUCAAAGGAUUACACAUUAAUCAUAUAGACAACCAGGAAAUAAAGCGGGGCUUGAAAGAUAUUGAAAUUAUGAUGGUUUCAAAUGGAAGCGCCACUUUGAGUCUUC